AUGAUUAGAAAAGAGAUCAGUAAAGAGAACAAUUAUGAUAUAUUGGAUAAAGAUUAUGAUAUUGAUAAGUAUGAUUUAGAUGGCGGGCUAAGUAAUAAAGAGAUGAUUGAAUUGAAGGGGAAGAUUGAAGAGGAGAUUAAGUUUAGCUUGAACGAGAUGAAGGUGAAAUACAAAUGUGAUAUGGAGAGCAAGAUGAUCGAUGAAGAAGGGUUUCCCAGGGGGGAUAUAGAUAUAUAUGAGGUUAUAUUGAUAAGGAAGAAGGUGAACUAUUUACAAAAUGAUUUAAGGAAGUUGAUGGGUAAGAUUGAGGCCGGUCUUGUGCAGUAUUUCAGCAGUAUUAAAGAAAUAGAUGAGGAUGUUAACCAUGAAGAUGGGAAAGAUGGUGCACCAUUCCUAAAGGUCAUUGAAGUUUUAACUGGAUCGCCAGGGUCUAAGAGUGGAUUGAUCAAGGAGGAUAAGAUAAUUCGAAUUGACCAAGAGUUUGAUUUCAAUACGUUUGAUAAGACAAAAGUGGGAUUCAAGCAAUUGAACGAGUACUUGCAAGGCAAAGAAGGGAAAAAGGUGGAGUUGAUAGUACUACGUGAAAAGAGUGAGAGUGAAAGCGAUAAGGACAAGCUCAGCAGAAUUACGUUGGAGUUGGUGCCAUCGUACGAAUGGGAAGGGCAGGGCCUCUUGGGAUGCAGGUUGGUUGCGUUGUGA